AUGAGCGCAAAAAAUGAUGAUUAUCGAAGUGAUUAUGAAGGUAAAAGUGAGUCAUCUCUUGAUUCAGUGGAGGAUAUAAAAGCUUCUUCAGAGUCAUAAUAAUUCGAAUAGCCAAAGAAGAAAAGAUUAUAGAAGAAGCAAAAGAAUAAAAGAAAGAAAAAGAAAAAUAUAUAUAAAGAGAAAUAAAAAUUGAUUGAUACAGAGGCAUCUGAAACAUCAGAGGAUGAUUCAGAUGAUGAUAGACAUGAUUAAGGAGGAUAUGAGAAGGAAAUAUCAAAAAAAAGGCAAGAGGAGAUAUAUUAAAAUUGGGAUUUAAAAAGAAGGAAUGUUAGAAAUGUUGUAGAAGAUAUAGAAACAAGAAUUAAAAAUGGAGAGGGAGUAAAUGUAGAAGAAGUAGAAAGAUCAGAUGAUGAAAUAGAUAAGCCAGGAUUAAGAGAUCCAAAAGUAAAUAAUAAUAGUAAAUAAAAUAUAGUUUUGGCGUGUUUCUUGUAAUAAGGGCAAAGAGUAAGAAGCAGUGACUUCAAUAAUGUUUAAACAUAGUCAUUUGAUAGAUACAAAUCCUUUAGAAAUAGUAUCAGUGUUUGCAUUAAAGAAAUUCCCAGCAGCCAUAUUCAUUGAAGCCUAUUUUGAAUAGCAUGUCAUGAAAGCUAUUGAAGGUUUAACUAUAGUAAGAUAAUCACCACCUGAAUUAGUGGAAUGUGAUUAAUGUCCUAAUAUGUUUAAACCAGCAGAAGUAGAACAAAUUGACAUUGAAGAAGGAUAAUGGGUUAGAGUUAGAUAACAUAAUAUAUACUCUGGAGAUUUAGCUAGAGUUAUGUAAGUAGAUUAAGAGAGAAAAUUAAUCAAACUGAAAGUAGUACCAAGACAGAAAUAAUUAAUGAAAUCUCUUGAAGAAGAUGAAGAAAAUAAAAAGAAAAAUUCUAAAAAAAAUAAUACUAAUACAGAUCAAUCCCGUUUCUAAAUGAAAGAAGAAGAAGGUGAACCUCCUAUUGAAGAAAAUGAACCUUUUUAAAGAGGCAGCAAGUUUAAGUUUUUGAAAAGAGCUAAAUAUCUUUAAGAAUAGAGAAAAUACAUACGUGGACCAAAGAUACCAAUUUAGAUGACAAAGAAAUCUAUUAUUGAUGAUAAUGAUGAACCAACGUCUUAAUUCUUUUAUACAUCUAUAAGAGAUGAAUGGACUUCUGCUAAAAAAGAUGGAUUUGAAAUUAUUACACUUCCAGUUCAUUAAGUCUUAACUGGAAAUAUUAAACCUACAGUAGAAGAUUUAUAAUAUUUCUAUCCAGAUGUAUAAGAUUAUAGAUUAAUUCUUUAAAAACUACAUUCUAGUUUAAAAUAAGUUGUUGAAUAAAAGUCUAAAAUUCAAAUUGGUGAUUACAUUACUCUAAAUUAAGAUUAAGCUAAACCUAAUAGAUAUAAGGUUGUUUAAAUAUUAUAAGAUGAGAAUAGACUUAUUGUAGAAUAAACUGUUAAAAAUAAAAAUACUAAUGAAAAAAAGACUUAUGAAUAUAAACUUUAAAUUAGAGAUGCCAAAUUAACUUUCAAACUUUAUUAAUAAGUUGCCAUAGUAUCUGGACCAAAUACUGGAUUAAGUGGAACUAUUAUUAAAAUGGAUGAUUUAACUGCUUAAAUUUCCACUGAAGCUGGUAGAAUUGUUGAUGCCUUGAUUUCUGAUCUCCAAUCAUAAAAUAAUGUUAUUAAAAAAAUGGAUGUAGAAGAUAAUCUUGAUAUUGGAUCUACCCAAUAAAAACCUGGAUUCAAAAGAAAUGAUCUAGUUAAAUUUGGACUCAUAGAUAAUGAUAUUGGAUGCAUUCUUAAUAUUUCUAAUAAUGAAGUUAGUAUUCUUGAUCUUACUAAUUAAAUCAAAAAUAUUAAUAAAUUAGCUAUUAAAAAUUUCAUCAAUACUAGAAACAAUGUUGUCAAAAAUAUGUAUGGAAAUGAUAUUAGACAAUAAGAUCUUGUGGUCAUUCUUGAUGGCUUUUAUAAAAGUAAAUAUUAAUUAUUAUUAUCAUCUAGACAAUAAAGCUACAGUAUUACAUGUUUAUAGAGAUUACUUAUUCCUUUUUAAUGGUAAAUUUGAUAACACUUAAGGUGUCAUCAUAGAAAAAGCCAAUAAUUGUGGUCUUGUCUCUUCAUCCAAAAAAGCUGAACCUGUUGUUGUUAAUACCACUUCCUAAAUAUCUAAUGAAGAUUGGAAAAAUCUAAGGGGAUAAAUGGUUACCAUCCGUAAAGGAUAAUGGUAAACUUAUAGAGGUAUGGUCCAAGAAGUCAAUAGCAGGGUUGCCACUAUUCAGUUAUCAGCUAAAAAUCUUGUUGUUAAAGUGCCAUUGGAAUGUAUUAAAUCUGAAUCCUCUAAUUCUCAUCUUCAAGUUGGAAAAACACCUUAACAUCAUCCAGGUAUGUCAACUAGAGUUUGGGAUGAUCUUGAAGGUGUUCAACAAUCUGUUAUGAGAGGAUAUUAAUCUCCUUAUAUCACUUAUUAAACACCCAUGCGUAAUGAUUGAAAAAAUAAUAAC